AUGGUGAAGCUGGGUUGUAGCUUCUCUGGGAAGCCAGGCAAAGACCCUGGAGACCAGGACGGGGUUUCUACGGAUAGUGUCCCUCUAAUCAGUCCACUGGACGUCACCCAGCUGCAACCACCAUUCCCAGACCAGGUGGUCAUCAAGACACAGACAGAAUACCAGCUCUCCUCUCCAGAACAGUCUAAGAACUUCCCUGACCUGGAGGCCCAGAAGCUGAGCUGCAACCACCCAGAGGAAGGGCGCAAGCUCCCCACAGCACGAAUGAUCGCCUUCGCCAUGGCGCUCAUGGGCUGCGUCCUGAUCAUGUACAAGGCCAUUUGGUAUGACCAGUUCACCUGCCCCGACGGCUUUCUGCUUCGGCACAAGAUCUGCACGCCGCUGACCCUGGAGAUGUAUUACACUGAGAUGGAUCCCGAACGCCACCGGAGCAUCCUGGCGGCCAUCGGGGCCUACCCGCUGGGCCGCAAGUACGGUACCGAGAUGCCCUCGGCGUGGGGGGAGAGCUAUCGCACCGCCGCCAAGGACGACCCCAAAGGGCCCACUCAGGCGGGGGCGGCGGCGGACCCUGUGCCUCCAGGGAAACUCGCGGCCAAGAGCGAGAAAGAGGAGGCCCGUAAGGCCGCCGGGAGUACGGCACCCCUGUCUCCUCAGUGA